CUAUACUGACUUCUUUUCUCUCGCCAGGGUCCACUCAAUCAACUGUAUAACAUUGACCUUCUUCAGCAAGUGCCACCACCUAUCAGCGACUUGGAUCUGCCUCCGCCGCCUAUUAUCCUUCCUGCGAAGGCCUCCGUGACCAACUCGCCCACCGCCAAUGCUGGUCUUCCUUACAUGCGGUCAACUUUGAACGCGGUGCCCACCACAAACUCUCUGCUCAAGAAGAGCAAACUUCCUUUUGCCGUUAUAAUCCAGCCAUAUACGACUCUGCGCGAAGACGAGGCUCCUGUGCCAGUGGUAUCAGACUCUGUUAUCAGCCGAUGCAGACGCUGCCGAACUUAUAUCAACCCAUUCAUCACCUUCAUCGAGCAAGGCCACAGAUGGCGUUGCAACAUGUGCAAUCUCACCAACGAUGUUCCCACCGCGUUCGAUUGGGAUGCGCGCAAUCAGAAACAGGUCGAUCGUUGGAGUCGUGCCGAACUUAAUCACUCUGUCGUCGAGUUUGUCGCUCCACCAGAAUACAUGGUGCGACCGCCACAGCCUCUCAUCUAUACUUUCCUUAUCGAUGUUAGCGCACCGGCCGUUGCUAGUGGUCUCGUUGCUACUACUGCUAGAACAAUUCUCGAAUCACUCGAUCGCAUUCCUAACAAGGACAAGCGUACGCGUGUUGCGUUCAUCUGCGUCAACCAGUCGCUUCACUACUUUUCAAUUCCUCCUCCUCCGGCCCCGUCAGAACCGGCCAUGCUUGUCGUUUCUGAUCUGGACGAGCCUUUCUUGCCUAUUCCUCACAACUUGCUUGUUCCUUUGGCCGAGUGCCGUGAGGGCAUCGAGCUGCUUCUCAACAAGUUGCCAGAUAUGUUUGCCAACAGCGCCAGCACUGGCAAUGCCAUGGGCCCUGCUCUCAAGGCCGCCCACAAGCUUAUUGGAAACAUCGGUGGUAAGAUUGUCUGCCUGAUGGCCAGUUUGCCAAACCUGGGAAUUGGAAAGCUUGAGCCCCGGGACGAUAAGAAAUCUCUCAGUGCGGGCGCGGAGAAGUCGCUACUCCACACGCAAAACUCAUUCUACAAGGCCUUUGCGGUGGAGUGCAGCAAGAGCCAGGUUACGGUUGACAUGUUUUUGUUUUCGUCGCAGUACCAGGAUGUUGCGUCGCUGAGCAACCUGCCUCGUUACACCUCCGGUCAGACAUACUUCUACCCUGGCUGGAACGCGGGUCGAUCAGAGGAUGCAAUCAAAUUUGCGCACGAGUUUAGUGAACAUCUGUCUAUGGAGAUUUCUCUCGAAGCAGUUCUCAGAGUGCGCGCUACGAACGGUAUCCGCAUGAACACCUUUUACGGAAAUUUCUUCACUCGGUCCUCCGAUCUCUGCGCGUUCCCCAGUUUCCCGCGCGACCAGAGCUACUCGGUCGAGGUUGCGAUCGAUGAGACGAUUGCGAAGCCGUUUAUCUCUCUACAGGCGGCGGUUCUGCACACGACUUGCAACGGCGAGCGCCGGAUCCGGGUUAUGACGCUUGCGAUCCCCACCACGCAGAACCUCGCCGAUGUGUACGCGUCGGCGGAUCAGGUUGCAAUCACUGCGUUUUACGCGCAGCGCGCGGCCGAGAAGGCGUUGUCGUCGGGCUUGCCUGAGGCGCGUGACUUGGUUGUGGGCAAGCUUGUGGAGCUGCUGACUACGUACCGCAAGGAGCUGAUGACUUCGAACGUGGGAGCGAGCGCGCCUCUGCAGUUUUGCGCAAACUUGCGUCUGCUGCCGUUGCUGUUUCUGGCGUUGAUCAAGCACGUUGCUCUGCGAAAGACGGCUGCGAUCCCGUCUGAUUUGCGGUCUGCUGCUUUGGAUUUGCUGGGAACUUUGCCGGUCAAGUACUUGCUGCAGUACAUCCACGCCGAUCUUUACUGCUUGCACAACAUGCCUGAGGAGGCCGGCAAGCCGGAUGAGAAGACGGGCGAGAUCGUGCUACCGCCGAAGCUGAAUCUGAGCGCUGCACUUAUCGAAAGAUACGGCUUGUACCUGAUCGACGACGGUCAGACUCAGUUCUUGUGGGUCGGACGUGAUGCCGUGCCGCAGUUGAUUAUGGAUGUCUGGGGCCUGCCUUCGCUGGAGCACGUGAAGACCGGCAAGACGACGCUGCCUGUUCUCGAUACUGAUCUGUCGCAGCGGAUAAACGCGGUGAUCAGCAAGCUACGAGAGAAGACGGGGUCGAUUGUGUGGCCGAACCUGUACGUCGUGCGUGAGGACGGCGAUCCUGCGCUGAAGCUGUGGGCGUCUACGUUUUUGAUUGAGGAUCGCGCGGACCAGGGCGCGAGCUACCGGGAGUUCUUGACCAACAUGCGGGAGCGUGCGAACUGAGCGGGCGGGGUUCAUAUGUAUAUGAUUUUAUAAUAUAGUAGCGAGGGCGAGAGAAGGCGAGAAGAAAAGAGAGAAAAAAGACAAAAAAGAUUGGAGAAAAGAAAGAGCAGUCUGUUGAAAUUUUCUAUAUAAAUUUUUAGUUUUCUUUUUUUAG